AUGGUCAAGGCCGACCAGCUUACCAUAUCCCAAGGGGAGGACGACAACGCCGUAGUCGAACAAACCACCAAGCUGGUAGACAAUGGCAAGUGGCAAUUGUGCAAGAACGGCAAAGGACUAGAAAGGCCGUUCAAGUUCAAGACAUUCAAAGCUACCUGGGUACGCCACACUUGAGACCUUUCAAGAUCGAGGAGCUUAUCCUCCGUUUCAUAGGAUUUCAUGAAUACGGUAGCUGCCGAGUGCAAGAAGGCCAAACAUCACCCAGAAUGGAGCAACGUAUACAACAAAACACACAUCACAUGGACGACACACAGUCCAGAAGGACUGUCGAGCAAGGAUACGCACAUGGCGAAGUUCUGUGAUGAUGCCGCGGAGGAAUUUAACGAGAUGGAGAUUGAGGCGAGUGAAGGAAAAGUGGGUGCUGAUGGGAAAAUCGAGGCUGGAGAUUGCUGCACGCCAAAGAAGGCGUAG